GGGGCGGUGGCUGGAGAGCCGGUACGAUUCUUAUUUAUGCAUCUUGGUGGCACCGGUGCUCGGGCGCAGUGGGGCUGGCUCCUUGUUUGCGGAAUGAAUGAAUCAUUACUCUCCUUGUCCCCUCUGGAGGAGGACUUUUUGAGGUCCACGUGCUGCAGAGCACGUUGAGGGGCCUGCUGAGACAGGGCUCCCUCCUCCCGCAUCGGAGACUCUCGUUUCUCCUCCUCCUCUCUCCCUAUGCUCGCUCCCUUCAGGUUGGGGCUUGGGGCUGGUGGGGAAGGAGGGAGCUUGAGGCCCAGCCAGGUACUUGUUGAAAGUGUCACAGGCAAGGGACUUCAGAGAGGCCUCUUAGAAGGUAACAGGGGAGGGGCGAUGCUGUGGGGGACAGCACCCACUGUCAGGCAGGGGCCACUUCCCACCUCUGAGACCAGCCUGGAAGAGCCACCGAGUAUGGAUGCUGACCCCAAAGUUACUGAACUCCUCCAGGCCUCUGUUUCUUCAUCAGUAAAAUGGGAAUAUUAGUACCCAUUCCUCAGAGCUUUGGGCAGACUAAGAAGAAUGUCGUAUGAAAUCACCCAGCACAAUGCUUGGCACCUUUGGAGCACUCCGAAAAUCUUAGUUUUCUUUCCUUCCUCUGUGAAAAAAGUGAGCAGAGAAUUAAUUGUUUCCGUUGCCUCUGUCCCCAGAGUGGUCACGGACAGACACAGUACGUGUGUAAUCACUGUUUGUUAAAUGAAUAUGCUUGAUGGAGCUUCAUUCUCCCACCCCCUUUCUCCCAGAAUCCACAGGCAGACUUGGGAUCUGACCAGCACAGACAUGCCGGUGCUGUCCGAGGACUCCGGUUUGCAUGAGACCCUGGCGCUGCUGACCUCUCAGCUCAGACCUGACUCUAACCACAAGGAAGAGAUGGGCUUCCUGAGGGAUGUUUUCAGUGAAAAAAGUCUCAGUUACCUAAUGAAGAUUCACGAGAAGCUUCGCUAUUACGAGACGCAAAGUCCAACCCCCGUUCUGCACAGCGCUGUGGCCCUCGCGGAGGAUGUGAUGGAGGAGUUGCAGGCCGCCUCCGCGCACAGCGAUGAGAGGGAGCUGCUCCAGCUGCUGUCUACCCCCCACCUCAGGGCCAUGCUCAUGGUACACGACACGGUGGCCCAGAAGAAUUUCGACCCUGUUCUCCCCCCUCUGCCUGAUAAUAUUGAAGAGGAUUUUGAGGAAGAAUCAGUGAAGAUUGUUCGUUUGGUGAAGAACAAGGAACCCCUGGGGGCCACCAUCCGGCGGGAUGAGCACUCAGGGGCUGUUGUGGUGGCCAGGAUCAUGCGAGGAGGCGCAGCAGACCGGAGUGGCCUGGUCCAUGUUGGAGACGAGCUCCGAGAAGUGAACGGGAUUGCCGUCCUGCACAAGCGGCCCGACGAGAUCAGCCAGAUUCUGGCCCACUCGCAGGGAUCCAUCACCCUGAAAAUCAUCCCAGCCACCCAGGAGGAGGACCGCUUAAAGGAGAGCAAGGUGUUCAUGCGGGCCCUCUUCCACUACAACCCUCGCGAGGACAGGGCCAUUCCCUGCCAGGAGGCAGGCCUGCCCUUCCAGCGCAGGCAGGUCCUGGAGGUGGUGAGUCAGGACGACCCCACGUGGUGGCAGGCCAAGCGAGUCGGCGACACCAACCUUCGAGCUGGCCUUAUUCCCUCCAAGCAGUUCCAGGAAAGGCGACUAAGCUACCGGAGAGCCACAGGCACCCUGCCGAGCCCCCAGAGCCUCAAGAAGCCCACCUAUGAUCAGCCUUGUGACAAAGAGACCUGCGACUGUGAGGGGUACCUCAGGGGGCACUACGUGGCUGGUCUUCGGAGGAGCUUCCGGCUGGGCCGCAGGGAGAGGCUGGGAAGCCCGCAGGAAGGAAAGACGGCCUCGGUAGCUGAGUCUCCAGAGCUGCUGACCUACGAGGAGGUGACCAGGUACCAGCACCAGCCCGGCGAGCGGCCCCGCCUGGUGGUUCUGAUCGGGUCUCUGGGAGCCCGACUGCACGAGCUGAAGCAGAAGGUGGUGGCAGAGAACCCACAGCACUUUGGUGUUGCCGUUCCACAUACCACCAGGCCUCGAAAGAGCCAUGAGAAGGAGGGGGUGGAAUAUCACUUCGUCUCGAAGCAAGCAUUUGAGGCCGACUUACAUCACAACAGGUUCCUGGAACAUGGUGAAUAUAAGGAAAAUCUCUAUGGAACCAGCCUGGACGCCAUUCAGGCUGUGAUGGCCAAAAACAAAGUUUGCUUGGUGGAUGUGGAGCCAGACGCACUGCAACAAUUGAGGACCUCAGAGUUCAAGCCCUAUGUUGUAUUUGUAAAGCCUGCAAUUCAGGAAAAAAGGAAGACACCACCCAUGUCCCCAGGUUGUGAGGAUACAGCCUCCCCACUUGAUGAGGAGCAGCAAGAGAUGGUCGCCUCCGCCGCCUUCAUAGAGCAGCAUUACGGGCACCUGGUGGACGCUGUGCUGGUGAAGGAGGAUCUCCAGAGUGCACACAGCCAGCUCCGAGUGCUCUUGGAGAAGCUGAGCCAGGACUCUCACUGGGUACCUAUUAGUUGGGUCAGGUAACUGCAUCCUAGAACAUCCAGGUUGGAGGGGACCUAAAAGACCACCUCGUCCAGCCUCCCCCAUGUUACCACGAAGGUAUCUCAAGCACGGAGAGGGGCAGCAUUUUCCGUAAACUCCGUCAUCGAGGAGAGUCUAUGUGGGAAGUCAUGUUGUUGGUUUUUGUCUGUUGAUUUUCACUGCACCCUUUUGGAGCAGAAAACAUGAGUUGAAAGGGGCGUGUCACAAAGAAACACACUUCAUUAAAUUAUCACAGGCAAGUUGACCCUGAUUCUUUGUACCAAAGUCAAGUAGCCACUGUCUUUUGGGGGUGGCGGUGGUGAAUUUAUACACUACUGAUUUGCAGAGAUGGUUGAGCUUUAUAAACAGUGACACUUUAUUCGCCCAGCUUUGCUGGAAAGGAGUUGUUUUGCCCAAGGGGAUUUUCCAGGCAACUGAAGUUCCCUUGUCUUCAAGCCCUAAAAUGUUGAUUUUAACCUUAUUGAUGGUGAAUGCUUGCCUGGCAAUGGAAAAAUUGGUUCUCUGCCUUUUUAAAUAGUGAGCAUACAUGAGCUUUUUUGGAAGACUGAGGCGCACUUCACCCUCACUGUGAAUUACUGUACUAUUCUAUGAUACAAUGCUGUUUUCAGGGACUCUCGAGGAAUGUGAGGCUGCCGGUCCCCUUUCUAAUAUCCUCAGCCUAAAAUGGAGCCCUUGGCUUUGUUCGAUUAUUCUAUUCCAUCACUUGUCCCUCUUGUUACUGACAGUUGCCUGGUUCUCGCCUGUCCCCAUCUUCAGAUCAUCUGGGCCCUAAUCUCCUGUUGUGCCGGAUCAAACUAGCUGAUUCCCCCACCAACACUCUGUCUAAGCCGUGAGAACUCAGUCCUGACCAUCAAAGUCAAGGUACAUAGACUCUGAGUGUGGGCCUGACUGGUUGUCUCUGAGCAAAAGUGUUUAGGGUCGCACAGGAUUUGUGACAUAUCUUUGCUGCUCAGAGAAUUUUAUUUCUUAUUAAUAGGCAAUGUAGGUAAGUCUUUAUUCUGUGCCAGGGGCUAUGCUAAGGCCUUUAUAUACAUUACUUUGACAAAUACACUAAGCCUAUAAGGUAGGAUUCUUAACCCCCAUUAUAUGAAUGAGAAGAAUAAAGCUUAGAAAGCUUAGAUAACGUGUCCAAGCUCACACAGCUUAAAAAAAAAUGGCAGAGCUAUAGACUUUGAGCCCUGGUCUCCCGAAUACCAGAGAUGGUCGUUAGUCACUGAACUGUGCUGCCUCCUUCUGUGGCUCCGUAACUGAGGGUACCUGUUAAAUAAUUGACCUUUAAGUGGGGGAUGUGUUCCUAGGUAGAAUCUACAGUACUGUGCAGUGUGGCUGUGACUUCUAAGACUGGAAAGAGGCUGCUUACUCAUGUACAUUUUCAAGCUCUUUUCCUCACGAGAAGAAAAGGAAGCCAAGUUAAGGGAGAAACAGCAGGGAGAUUUGCUGCCCGUCUAGAAAUUUCCAUUUAGGCUUCUGAUACAAGGACACCUUUGCAAUUUUCCAGCUCACUAACCUGGCAGGUCCACCUAACAGGAUCACCUUCUUCAGACCUUUCUAGCAAAAGGAUGAGGACUUCUCGGUACUUCCAGAGUACUGGAUUCUUAUCAAGUGAUACUAGUCUUGAGCUGUUCCACAUGGACCCAGGGCAGGAACAGCAGCUGCCCCUUCAAGUGUGAAUGGCACAGGCAGAGUUGUGUGUAUGAUACAGGAGGGCCAGAAGCUAAAGUCAGCUGUCAGGCAAAAAACACGUGAGUCAAAAUUACUCUUGAAAAAUCCCCUUGGUGGAGAGCCUAACCAGCUCUUAGCAAGUCCCAUCUGGGUGGUUUGCCUGCAGUGGAGGAACACAGUGGUGAGCACCAGAUGACUUUUUUUGCAUUUCAUACCUCUCAAAAGACAUUUUCUGCUUCUUAAUAUUUUUACGCAAUUUUCAGAUGAAAUGGUAAUAAUUCUCUUCAUGUAUAUUAUGAAGCAAGGCAUUAAAAUGUGAUGGCUGCUGUACCUCCUGUCCCAGUAGCCUCCUCACCCCUAAGACGGGCUGUGUCUACAGCCAUUUGUCUGCUCUUAAGUCUGUGAGAGUAGAGUGGAUAAGGCCACAGAGACAGAGGUCAUGUGUAAAAUGUUUUUGCUGUUGGUAAAAAGCAGAAAAGCCUUGUUAAAAAAAAAAAAAGUACCUGUUUACAAAUACAUAUUGGUGGAAUGUGUAUAAAUGGAAUCCCAAGUCCCCUUCCAGCUAGCAUUGUACAUUCUGAGCCCCUGGGCAAAAUUUUUACAAAGUUGAUCACUCUGGGCCCCUACACCAAGAAAUCUCCACAUUCCAUACCCUCAAGAUGUCCUUUUUUGGUUUGUUUUCUCAGGCCUUCAAACUCAGGUAAGCUGUCUGCCUGUGUCUACAACCAGAGAGAAUUUGGGCUCUAGAGGACUUUCCUAGGUCAGGGAUGUUAAACGGGUGGGGCCUAUUUGCUGCCUCGGCCCAUUCUUACACCCGUGGUGGACAGUACUAAUUCACCAUGGCACUGUCCUCCUGAAUCCAGGCUCUGCUUUUGGACCUGUCUGGACACAGUAUCCAGUAUCAAUUGAGCAGAAUUAGCAAGUGAGUUACUCCUAUUUGCCAUCCCUGCUCCAGCAGUUUAUAACCUCUGCCACCCCCUGCAAGAGAUGGGUUAAGAAGGUCACAACCAUCACUCCUCCACAAGCAGUGCUCAGCUAUGUUAAACAUGAUCCGUUGUGCUUUGACUGUUGUAUGCUCGAAUACACACAUGCUUUAAGACACGUGGCCCAUCAAAAUUUUGCAUCCGUUUAUCCAGUGUCGCAUCAUUUAUGCCACCGAUCACAGAAUCAUGCAUCCAAAAAAUGAUAGCACUUGGCCAUUUGUUUAACAGUUACAGACCAGCAUAUGCACAAAGCCCAUUCUUGAAUCCUACUGUUCAGAACCAAUAAGCAGCAUUUCUCUAUCUGGUGGAGUUAAUGUGAAUCAAUUUGUUACUCCAUUCUUUUCCUACUCUCUGAAUACAGUCUCAAACCCUUGCUUCCUUUAAAAGUUGGGCCUGUGGUUUCAGAACAAGAUGAUUUAGAAUCACUUUUCUCUCUUCCUCUCAUCUAAAUGCAACUAAAUACCUUGGAAAUUAUUAAAAAGAUAAAAGGACUCUGAAAGCUGGAAAGAAGAUGCUGGGCUGACCAGGGACGUCAGGACUUGAGGAACAGCAAUGUGGUGAGUUUCCUGGGUUUUCUUUUCAUCUUCCAUAUACCCCAGAUUGGGCUCUGGAGAGGCCUGCAACCCAGAACCACCAACAGGCAUAGAUGGGAAGGACAAAAAAAAAAAAGGAAAGAAAAGCGUGCUUUCUGUGCCAAAGGAUGGGGAAGUCCAGUAGGGACCUAUGGGGAGCCUCACUCCCAGCUCCACACCGGGGCAUCAGCACAUGGCCCAGUUCGUUCACAGCAGCAGUGAAGCCCUGUGUCUCCCUGCCCUCCACACUGUGGCACAAGGAGACGCAGGCCCAGCACUGUGUGCCUGCCCCUCUGCAGAAGGCGGCCCAGCCACACCGUGCCGCCCAGGGAAGCACCUUCUCCCACCACAGAAGACACUGGCAGGGACUGAGUGGGACCCAGCAGCACCCAAAGAACAAAGCAAACCAGAAUUGUAUCGCAAAGGCUCAGAAAACUGAAUUGUCAUUGGAAAUAAAAACCAUAAAAGAAGUAAGAACCUAUACACUACACCUAAACGGGUGCUAAAAAAGAUGUAAAUAGGAUGAAGACGUUCCUAACAGAAUAACCCAAAUGUCCAGGAUACAAUAGCAAAUCGCUCAUCAUCUCCCAAACCAGGAAAACUCCAGGCUAACUAAGAAAAGACAAUUAACUGAUACCAAUAUUUGUAUGAUUCAGAUGCUGGAAUUUAUCUGACAAGUAUUUUAAAGCAGUUGUAAUAAAAAUGCUUCAACAAUUAGAAAUUAUCUUGAAAAAAAAUUAAAAAAUAGAAAAUCUUAGCAAAGAAAUAGAAGUUAUGAAAAAUAACCAAAUGGAAAUUAUAGAAAUGAAAAAUUAUUGUAAAAUAAAAAUCGCAGAUGAACUUGAUAGGAGAGUGGAAAUGACUGAAGGUGAAAUCGGGAUACUUGAGGACAGAUCAAUAAAAUUUACUCAAUCUGAGUGACAGACUGAAAAAGAAAAAAGAGCCUCAGGGACCCGUGGGACAAUUAACAAAAGAGCUAACACUUGUAUCAACUGAGUCCCAGAAAGAGAGGAGAAAGUGUGGGACUGAAGAGUAUUCAAAGAAAUCAUGGGUGAGAACUCCCCAAAUUUGGUGAAAGAUAUAAACCUACAGAUUCAAGAAGCUGAUAAACUCCAAAUUGGAUAAGCCCAAAGAAAUGCAUACCGAGACACAUCAUUAAUUAAUCUUCUGAAAACUAAAGACUAAGAAAAAAAUCUUAAAAACAGGGAGGAACACCCCGGAAGCAACACCAAUUCAGGUUCCAUUUUAGUAUUGCCCAUAAAGCCAACUAUGGAGGCUAGAAAAAGUGACACGUGUGUCAAGUGCUGAGAACUGUCAACUUUGAAUCCUAUGUGAUGAAACUAUCCUCCAGGAAUGAAGGGGAAAGGAAGACAUUCUCAGAUGAAGCUGACAGAAUUUAUUGAGACCUACCCUUAAAGAAUUGCUCAAGGAAGUUCUCCAAACAGAAAGAAAAUAGCAAAAGGCCGGGACCUUUAGAAAGGAAAAAAAACAACAGAAUAGGUGAAAAUAGAAGUAAACAUAAUGGAUUAUUCUUCACCUCUUGAUUUUCUUUAUGGAUAUUUUCUGGUUGAAGAAAAAUUUAUAACACCAUCUGAUGUGGUAUGCGAUGCAUGUAGAGGAAAUACAUAUGGUAAUUAUAGUUUAAAAGUGAGGAGGAUAAAGUGACCACUUAAAAGACAGAAAUUGGCAGAGUCGAUAAAAAAAACACGACAACUAUAUACUGUCUACAAGCGUACAUAGGUAGGUCGAAAGUAAGGAUAGAAACUGGUGUAUUAUGCAAACAGUUUUUAAAAAGCAGUAGUGGCUGUAUUAUCACAUAAAGUGGAUUUCAGAGAAAGAGAAUUGCUAGGACAAAGAGGGACACAUAUAAUGGUGAAAGGGGCACUCCACCAAGAAGAUAUAGCAAUCCUAAAUGUGUAGGCGCUCAACACCAGAGUUUUAAAAUACAUGAAGCAAAAACUGAUAGAGCUGAAAGGAGAACGAGACAAAUCCACGGUUAUAAUUGGGGAUCUCACACCCUAGUCUCAGCAAUUGAUAGAACCAGAACAGAACGUCAUCCAGGAUAGGGAAGAACUGAAGACCAUCAGCCAACGGGGUUGAACUGACAUUUACAGAAUCCCGCCAACAGCAGCACAGUACGGACACGUUCUUUUCAAAUGCCCAUGAAAUAUUCAUCUAUAGACUAUAUUAACAAAUGGUUGGAAAUUAGACUGUGUUCUCUGACCAUAAUGGAAUCAAACUAGAAAUCACAGAAAGACAACAGGAAAAUGUCCAAAUAUUUGAAAGAUACCUAAUAUAACCUGAGCAGUUCAAGGUGACUUCCUGGAGAAUGGCCUCUCCUGGAUAUAUAAUGGAUAGGGGUUGUCCAGGAAAAGAGGCAGAAGUAUGGGUUUUCCAGUGAGAGGAGACAACAGGAAAAUAAAUGGGAUGAGAAGAAGCUGUGUCUUCUGUUAGUUGAAAAAGGCAAGGAGUGAUGAGACACAAGCUUACAGACGUUUGUCAUUUUUGUGGAAUUCUAGUGUCUGAGCCUUAUUCUAAUUUGGGGGAAAUUUCCUAUCUUGUGAAUUCUGGUGAGAAGCAGAUGCCAUGCCCAGGAGUGGGAAAAGCCAGACGCUCAUUCCCCUAGCCUCCCUUGCAGCUGAGGAAUUACACCAAUCAGUACACCUUUACUGAUGUGGAAUUGGGAACUAGUGACACAAAAUGGCAGGGACAGUGGUUGUCAAAGGCAGCUGUAGCAGGUCAGCAAGAUCUAGGUGAAGCGGGGGCAGCAGGGCGAGCCACCACACCCGCAGACCAGCUCCACAGCAAGAUGGUGGAUGCUGUUCCUCGAUGGGCAACUUGAAGCUCGGUUCUGUGGUUUUCUAGCAAAUACUGUUAACUGAUUCAUAUUCUUUAAUAAAUUAUUCCACUACUUAAAUCAGACAAA